AUGGAAAUUGAUCCACUUUUGCAAUUGGUAACAUAUCUUUACAGGAUAUCUUUUUUCAUAGGGUUCCUUUCAGUUAUAGUUGCUAAAUUGUACCUCCCGGACUUUCUUGAAUACGGUAAGACAUUAAAAGAUCAUGAUGAACCGCAAAACAAAACUAUCCUGCAAAAAAUUAUUCAUUUCACGGUUCCAAAGGCAUAUUUCUCCCAUUUCUAUUACUUGUCGUCUGUAUUGUCAUUGGUAACUUUUUGUUAUUAUCCAUCAUACCCGAUUGUUUGGAUGCUACUUUUCCAUUCAUUAAGAAGAUUAUACGAAACAUUAUAUACAAGUAAAUAUUCGGCAAAAUCAAGAAUGAAUUGGUCUCAUUAUGUUGUAGGGAUCUGGUUCUAUUCUACUCUGCACAUAAUACUGGGUAUCAAACUGCAUUAUCAGGAGAUACCAAGAUAUCCAAGGGAUACAUUUACGUUUCUAAUCUUCUUUCUAGCAUCCUGGGAUCAAUAUAAGAAUCAUGAAGUACUAGCUAAUUUGGUCAAAUAUUCGUUACCAAAGGAAAGGUUAUUCAAACUGGUAAGUUGUCCUCAUUACCUGGAUGAACUUAUAAUAUAUGGGUCAUUCAUUGCAUUCAACAAUGAAUUUUGCUGGCUAUUCGUUUGGGUUUUUGUGAGUUUAGGAAUUUCUGCCUUAGAGACGAAAGCGUUUUACCAACUUAAAUUUAAAGACGAAGUAGUCCCGAAAUAUGCCAUGGUCCCAUUUAUACUAUGA